UAUCAGAGAAAAAGUAGAAUGAUAACAGGAGGGUGGGCACAGAGAUCUAACUGAAAUCUAAAUUAUCUAUAAAAGAUGGCAAGAUUCUCGCUGGGUAGAGAUGAUGACGACAGCGGCGAAGGGUCGAGCAGCCCCAAUGGGAAAAGGCAGAGAAGAGAUGAACAACACAAAGAAGACGACGAUGAAGAAGAAGAAGAAGAAGAAGGAAAAAGGAGAAGGGUGAUUCAUGGAAAAGGAUCCGAGAGUGAUGAAGAGGAUGGCAUCUCCAUGACCCUUACGGACCCUGAUGUGUUGGACUGUAUCAUCUGCAUGGAACCCUUGAUCCCUCCAGUCUUUCAGUGUGACAACGGACACAUUGCAUGUUCCACAUGCUGCACCAAGAUUGGAAACAAAUGUCCCUCUUGCUCUUGGCCAAUUGGGUACAGCCGUUGCCUGGCCAUUGAGAAAGUCGUUGAAUCAAUUAAAAUAUCCUGCCAAAAUGCACAAUAUGGCUGCAAAGAAAGAUUUGGCUAUGCUCAAAAAGUAAACCAUGAGGAGACAUGCAUCUACGCACCAUGUUUAUGCCCGCUUUCAGACUGCACCUUCGUUGGGUCAUGUGAACAACUGUCACGGCACUUCACUUGCAAACAUUGGGCUUCUGCUAGACGUUUCCAUUACAACUGCCCUAACCCUGUUUUUUUAGACAAAAGUGAGCAUUUCCUUGUUUUCCAAGGGGAGGAGGAUGGUCUUCUCUUUCUCCUCAAUAACCGCAUUGAAAGUAUUGGGAAUGCAAUCUCAGUAACCUGCAUUGGAACAAGCUCCUCAAAAGGAGGGUUCUUUUACGAUCUUAUUUCAAGAAGAGGAAGCACCUCUCUUAAGUUACAGUCUUACACAAAGUUUACUAAAGGGCAGACUGAAGGUUCUCCCAUGGAUUUUCUUCUCAUCCCUAAUAAUUUUAAUGGUUCUUAUAGUCAGCUCAAGUUGGAUAUUUGUAUUUGGAGUUCUAGAGAAUUUGAAUGAGCCACAGCCUGCUAUACUCACAUUCGAGAAGAUGAUGUAUGUUGAUGUAAAGUGCUAUCAUCCAUGUUUAAUUUAUGCUAGCUUCUGUAUUACCCUGUAAAAUAUUGUAUAGAACAGCUUUAUUGCCUCUGUGGUCAAUGAUGUGGUCCUAUAUUAAAUUUAAAUUGUUGAAUAGAACUGCAAACCAUACUUAAGUUUCUAA